AGAGAGCGAGUGGGUGAUCGAGGUAUGGAUUGUAUGAGAGAGAGGGAGUGGGGAGGUGUGGGGAGAGAGAGGGAGCAGAGCCGAGUGACGGACGAGUGAAGCAGCAGCAGACAGACGAGUGUGAAGGGGACGCAGGGGCUGAGGCUGCUGCUAUAUGCGGUUGCCAUGGCGCAGCCGUCUCCGAGCGCAUCGCCAGGCGUCCGUCGCCGUAGCGAUGGUUCGGUAAGAGAAUGUCUGUUCUUUCCUGUCUCUGAACGCAACGAGCAGGAGAGAUUGGAGGCCCUGGUGCGCCGGAGAGCCGGGGGUGCCGAGAGAGGAGGAGGAGGUGCAGGGGAGGCCCGGGAGCACCUGGACAACCGGCCCAAACGGUGGACAUGGGGAGGACCUCCUGAUGGAGCAGAAGGUAACCCUAAGACCCCGCUCUGCAAUGCCAUUGGCUCUGCUCAGCCCAAUGAGCUUCCUGCUUCUUCCAGUGCCAGCCAAUCCCGUAACGUUGUGGACUUCUUAUCUCCGCCGACGAUGGAUCAGCCGAACAACAAACAGCUUUCUAACUCCUCAGCUGCUCUCAGCUCUGCAGACAGAGUGUCAUGUGUGUCCCAUCAAACAGCUUCCCCCAACAACAACAGGUUGUUCAGGAGUUCCUCCAACCGCAGAAGCGUGGCUGGAUUUCCUGAGGAGACGUCCAGAGCUAAAACACCCACGGGGGAGGUACCUAACACACCUGUGCGGAGCGCCUCCUUCAAAUGCAACAGUAAAGGUCACGCCACGCCCAAAAGAAUGAGGUCCAACAGGAACCGAGCUCAGUCUCCCUGCUCCCCUGGACAGUACCCCCCCUCUCCGAUCCGACAGAGAGCCACCACCCCCGGCACCCCCGAUGACAGGGGUCACCUUGAGUUCAAAGGUCACAGCACCCUGGAGAGGAAAUCUGCCAAAUCUGAGACGUCGGACAGCAAGAAGAUCCCUAAAUCCACCAGCAAGGAGCUCAACGCAGAGUCUCCGAGCACGCCCACCGGCCGGAGCGUCGGAGGGACCACGGAUGCUGAGGAGGCGUCCCGGCUGCUGGCAGAGCGACGCCGUUUGGCUCGAGUCCAGAAGGAGCAGGAGGAGAAACAACGGCAGGAGGAGGAGAGGAUGAGGAUCGAGGAGGAGCAGAGGGAGCAGCAGGAGGCCAAGGAGCGCCUGGAGAGAGCGGCCCAACAGGCAGAGGAGGAGAGGGUGAGGAGGGAGGAGGAGAGGAGGAGCAGAGAAGAGGAGGAGCGACGACAGAAGGAGCAGAGGUGGAGGGACAUGCAGGAGCAGCUGGACAAGGAGAGGGAGGAGGCCGUCCUACGAGCUCAGAGGGAGGCUGAGAAGAAGAGGCAGGAGAGGGAGCAGCUGCACAUCCAGGAGGAGCAGGAGAGGCAGCAGAGGAAGAAGAGAAUUGAGGAGAUUAUGAAGAGGACGAGGAAGAGCGAGGUGGAGCCUCCGUCUGCUGCUUCUGUCUCUGGGGUUAAAGUUGAUGCUGCUGCCGCCCCGGAGGAGGACGAGACUCCUGCUGAAGCCCCCGUCAUCCUGCUGGGGCCUCUGGAGAAUAAGAGCUGUGUGGACGAGCUGUCCGACGGGGUCCAAUCCAUGGACGUCAGUUCUCCGUCUGUCUCCAUCAGCCCCGUGUCCAGAGACGAGCAGGCCAGCGCCCAGGAGUUCUCACCCGUCACCGAGGGACCCGACGGCUGCCCCCUGGACCACCUGAUGGACCUCGACGCGCCGGGACGAGGGCAGCGGCACGGCGCGGAGACACCCCCCUACCCCAAACUGCAGGCUGGCAGCGGGGUCGGGGACCUGAACAAGAACCUGCUGAUCCAGGCGUACAGCGCCGCCUCGGAGUCCUCGCAGCUCAUCCCCAGCGUCGGCCCGAGCAAGCUGGACCUCCAGUAGAGGGACUUUUCAGAAGCUGGUAGGAAAACAAAAAAGGAACCACAAGAAACAAACGUUCAUCUGCAGCAACAGUCAUCGUUUUAACCGAUCUGAAUGAAGAAACCACAUCACUGUCUGGCUUUUGGACACAUUAGAGGCUCUGCAGAUGGACAAGUCACGCAUUCAUCAUAGUCAGCGUGAAGGAGCUGUUUCUGGGGUGGAUGAAGCCACCGCCGGGGUGGUUUUAAACAUUCUAGAAACACGAGAGGGAAUCUACAACCAGAUCUGUGCCGAUAAACUUCUCCGUAGGUCAGGAGACGAUGGAGCCAGGUUUGUCCGUCUGCAUCGCCACCAACAUCUCUGGAGAUUCACCUGCUUUUUAAAAACUCUGUAAAUAAAGCUGACUGUUCAUCACUGAAACGGGAAGCAGCUCGGCAGCAGAUCGUCUGGACGAGAUCCGUCUGAAUGUGUGUGAGAAGCGUGUAGCGCCUGGACGAGGAUUAGCUAGCUGUGGUUGUGUAGUUCUUCUGUGGUUCCUGUGUGUUUGUCCUGACUCUGACGGCCGCUCUCACGUGCUUUCACGUCCUAGCGAUGCGGAGCGGCAUCCUGUUAGCAUGUAGCUCUGAUUCCUCUGCUGCUCGUCUCCAUGGAUGGACGCUCUGGGAUCUUCAGCAGGAACGAAGCUGAACUGUAUGUAUUUAAUCUGCAGGUUAAGGAUGUAUUAGUAGUGAUGUGUAUUAGUCUGGCACUGACUGCAGUUUAUAGCGCGCACCUAAAGUAGUCGUGUUUCACUGCUCUGAAACCGCUUCAGCGACUCGGACCGGAGACAGAGUUCACCUCCUCAUGGCUCAUCACCUCCGAGGCCUUAGAACCUCCGCACUUCGUCCUGCACCGCCGACAAUAAACUCACCUUUUGCUUUUUCUCUUCAGCAGCAGACUGAUCAGAGAAAACGUGUAAAAACUUGUCAGAACUUUAAAGGUUCUCAAACUAAAAGUCCUAAAUCCAGCCAUGGUUCAGAGGACCUGAGAUUCAGACUGGUUUUAUCCAGUAAACAGGUUAAUAAAUGCCAUUUCCUUCCAUGGACGUAAUUUUCGGGGGGGACAGGGGGGACAUGUCCCCCCCACUUUUUCCAAAGUCAAGUUUUGACCCCUGCACUUUUUACCAUCCAAAAACAAUAUUACACUAUAUUUAAUUGACACUGGUUGAGCUCUAGGACCAAGUGGAAAACAACCGUUUGUGUUGAAGCCAGUUUCCCAUUAGAGCAUACUGUAAAGACCCCCCCCCCCCCCCAUGUCCCCCCCACUUCUAAAGUGAAAAUUACGUCCAUGUUUCCUUCCCAGUCCUUUAUUUUUAUUCGUCACCAGGUGUCUUCUCACAGAUGUAAGUGUCUCUGAGACAAGGCUCUGCGGCUCCUCCUCGUUUCCACGCUGAUGGAUGAAACCGUUUACUAACAUUUCUUUUCCCUUCAGCUCCUCUUUCUCCUCGUUUGCACAUCAUGUUCUAGAUUCUGCUGAAACCAGAGGGUCUCGUUGUAUCUGAGGGAAACAUAACGGAUUGUGUUUAUUCUAAUAUUACUAAACUCUGUGACACUGCAGCUUGGUGGAAUAUAUCAUUAUAGAUGUGGUGCAUGGAAACUCGCUGAAAUAGAACAAUAAACUUCAUCAAACCA